CCCCCCCCCACCUCUCCCGAUUACACUACCGUCCCUCCGUUGCCAGGCCCUCAAUGGCAGCUAACGGCUCCCGGUCAGCAUACGGCCUCACGAGGCAUGCCGUUCGGCAAUGUCAAUCGGCGGCGAAUCCCCGAGUAGCUUCCGCCUCUCCUUUCCAGUACCUGUCCUCCCGAACCUUUGCGACGACCAGCCCCCGGACAGAUGCCGAGAGCAAGAUCGAAGAGAUCUCUAGAAGAACCGAGGAGGCUGAACGGCCCGACGAGACGAGGCAGCGCCCGAGAUGGUCCUACACACCCGAGGCCAUGAAGGCGCCUUUCUCGCCUCACAUCACCAAGAAUCCGGCGCGCAGCGUCUGGUCCGUCAACACCGACCCUAAAAAGCUCGACGAGAUGUACAUCAAGUUCCUGGGCCGCGACGGAGACAAGAUGCUGCCGGAAGAGGUCAAGUGGCUGGCCGUUACGCACAAGAGUUUCGACCAGGGCCGUCGCGGUUUCAACGAUAAGCUGGCGUACUUGGGCCGUCAAGCAGUUGUUCUCGAGUCUACACGAAGCAUAGUGACGUCGUCUACGGCAAAGGAUGGCGCCGUCGUCCCAGACGAACACGGCCGCAAGCCUUUUGAUCAUCCGGUUCUUGCGAGCAUCGAUAACCUUAACGUCGAGCUGCCGCAGACUGUCGUCACCAAGGAAAAGGUCGAGGAACUGGCGAUGGCCGCUGGCAUCGACAAGGUUUUGCGGUGGAAGCCGGCAAAGCCCGAAAACCUCGCAGGAUCAGGCCAGCAGAUUGUGCUCAACUCGGCCGUGUUUGCGAUCGUGGGAGCCAUUACGCUCCAGCACGGCGCCGCGGUGGCAGGCAGAGUUAUUAGGGAGAGAAUACUGAGGCCGCUCUCGCUCAGGCAAUAACGCCGCCGAUGAAGAGGAGGAAGAACAAGAUAAAAAGAGAGACGUCUGUUGUAUCAUAGGUGUAAAACAUUGACCGAAAAAGGACAAACAUCCCAGCCGCCGUAACGCAAGCAAAAGGGGCAGCCGAACCUUUUUUCCCAAUCCUGCCUUGUGACGCCGUGCUGCCACCGGGCCACCGACAC